CUAACCUGUGGGCUACGUGGGAGACGUGGGUGGACGUGGGCACUGUGGGCAGACGUGGGAUUUCUUGUUAAUCAUCGAGAUAGAGAGAGUGCACGAAACGUUAGAAAUAUGACGACGACGACGAAUUACCUCGACUUGGACAUAAACAAGUUGUUCGAGCAGCACACCGUUAAGGAGAUCGAGGAGAUUCAGAAAAAGAUUCAACUGGAAAGUGACAGGAAGAAAAUAGAAUUGCGAACGUUGGUUGGGGAAAGAUAUCGAGACUUGAUAUUGGCUGCUGACACAAUUGGGAAGAUGAAGAUCACGUCUGAGAAAGUCACCGCAAGAAUCGCUAAUAUAGAGGACAGAUUUAGGGAAUUGCAAAAGAAGUAUCUUAUUGGUUUUAAAACCGAGCCGAUCGAAGAUAAGCUGGACAAAAGGGGACACGUUUUUCACUCCGUUAUCAUCCAAAUCAAAAUCCUAAUGGACAUUCCGCAAUACAUUUGGACGAGCAUUGAGAAUCAGAAUUUAUUAUUUGCCACGCAGUUAUACAUAAUAGCGCAACAUAUAAAUUACAGUCUAAUGUUCGAAGUCGGCAGCACCGAGCUGUUGCAUAGAUAUCCAAUUGUUUUGAAGCAGUGGGAUGUUAUUAUGCAGUUUAGGAGCAUCAUAUCCAAUGAAUGCAACAAAAUAUUGCAGUCGUUGGACGUUUCGACUACAAAUGCCGCAAACUGCUUGGCAUCUCUCGUGUUUCUGAAUGAAUCGUCGUUUGCAAAUCUUUUAGAAAGAUUAAUAUCCUCGAGAAGUCAUGCCAUCGAAUCUGUCGUUAAAGGAGAAAGUCACGACAGUGUCAAAAAUAAGCUGAAGUUGUGUAUGAAAAUACUUAUACAAACUGUGCACUUAAUAUAUUCAUGCUUUAUAAAUGCGGAUAAUGCGCCUGGGGGUUUAGUCAUGCAGUUUAUAACAGACAUAAAAGAUCAAGAAGCGUAUUUUUUGCUAUCGCAGUUGGAUUUAGAUCAAGAUUUACUCGAAAAGUUCCUGCCAUCCGUUACCAAACACCAUAAACCAUUCGUUCAGGAUGUACCGAAAAACUUUUCUUUAUCGGCUCUUCAAGAUAGCGUUAAAUCUUGGUUGGAUUGGGUGAACGAUUUUUCUAAUCACGAGGUCACCAAAUUAUUAGAUUUAAUAGUUUCUAUUAAAGGCCUGUACAAUGUUCGGGAAGAGGCUAUCAGCGUGAACCUGCCUGAAAAUUGGAAUUCCAUAUGGGAAGAGCUUUCAUUACCGAGAAUAAGUUUCUGGAUGGAAUUCUUCCAGCCUAUUAUAACUAAACGAGCAAAAUGUAUUAUAACGAAUAAAUGGACUGAUACGCUGGCCGAUUUAAAAUCCGAUAUAGCAGAAUUGCUCGAUAAAGUAGCGCAUGAUAAAUUUGAAUUUCCGGAACACGAUUUACGAUGGUUUGUGUGGAAAGAUUCUCCCACUGACAUUCCGCAGAAACUUACAAAGAACGGUGGAUUGGAUAACAAGAGGUCCUUGCUAAUGAAAGCUAAAGGCUUUUCCCCAAACGUGAUGAAAUUGUGCGAAAAAUUCGACGAAAGUCUAUAUGCGCUAUUGUCCGAUCUCGAGCACUAUUUAUACGAGACCGAACGAGUGAUAACGAUAAAAGAUAAUUUACUUUCGGCGAACAUAUCUUUAAUUGCAAGUUCAUUCUCCGAUCGUAAUGAAGUCCAAGAACAUUUGCAAGUAAUCAGCAACGGAAAGAUCGAAGACCUUGUACAAUUUAUGAGGAACACAUGCGUCAAUGACAAACCCAAACACGGUCAAAGUGAUAUAAACGCUAUAGUUUUAGCAAGAUUUCUCUUUGCAUUAACUACUUUGUGUCCGAAUUUAAACAAGUGUUUUACAUCGUCGAAAAUAUCUGGACUCGCCAUCACGAAUGUCAAGUGGCAAGCUGUUUGCGACAAUCUAAAGGAAGAAAGUACUUGCAUGUGGUCCAUUUGGGCUAAUAUAUAUAAAGUUAAAAUAUCUGAGCAUAUGAAGAAAUAUAUAUUGAGAGAGCCAAUCGAUGGAUUGCGCGUCCAUUGGAUCGUAUCGGAAUGGGAGAAAGUUACCAUCGAGGAAGAAUCCGGAGAAGGAAAGCGAAUAAAAUCUGAAAUUUUAAUACCGUAUCAGCCAUCGAUACCCUUGCAAAAAUUCUUGACUGCCAUCUGCAAAGAUUUAAAUAAGAUUAUACCUCAUACGCUUCCAAAGAGGGUACUGCAGCAAAUUAUCGAAAGCAUCAUUACGGAAUUAUUUAAUUAUUAUCUUAAUGCGUCUAAAAACAUGGACCUCAGACAAAAGCAAGCGUUUCAAGUACUAUACGAUAUAAGAUAUUGUACGUUGCUCAUGGUGCCCCAUGAAAACAAAGUUCUUAAUGAAUUAUCAAUCAAAACGUCCGAUGCGGUGCUUGCGAAAAUAGAUCCAUUCGACUACGAUGUCUUUAAUCCGUUCAUCCACACCAACGUUAAAAAAUCCGUUCAAAGAUCUUUGUUGAUAUUUGGAAACUUGGUCAGUCAUUUAGAACAAUUGCAUUCGACGUUGGGUGCACGCAAUGAACAUACCAGCAAUGACAAUGGAAAAAUCGAACCGCCUGCGGUACUAGCAGUUUGUACAGGAGCACCAUGGUUCCCGCCAUUAACUGUAACCGCUCCAACGAGGAAUUUGCCAAUUUUAUCGGUGCCAAUACCUGAUAAAACACAACGUAAGAAAAUAACGAAGGAGCAGGCGAAAAAUGACUCGACCAGUGCAAUAAAAUCCGGGGCGGCUGCGUUUUUCGGUGCGAUGGGAUCAGAUUGGUUCGGCAGCAGCAAUUAACCGUUUUUGUUUUAGGAAGAUUGUAAAUAUUGUCAUAUAUGAUACAUUGUAAAUAAUGACGUUAGUCCUUUAGAAGGCAUAAGUAUGUCUUUCUACCAUGCUUCUAUUAUCUGUUUUAUACCAAUGAAAAUUAAUCUAUACAUAUGUAUUAUAAAGUUUAAUAGAAUACUUGAUUUUUCAAACGAAA